AUUUUGUUCCCAGAAAAGUUUUUUGGGUUGAAAUCUACCGACGUCUUCCGGCGAUAUGUAGAAAGCCGCCGGUGCUUGGCGGCUACAGCGAAUGCGAUUAGAGCUCGUCCACAGCAAUGGAAGUCAUUCGCCUUGGUUGCGGACUGCCACAGCCUAAUCCUCUCAGAAAUACUCCUCCGCCACAGGGACAGAGAUGGAGCCUCUCUGGCUCCGCCACUUCCCGAUCGCUUUCAAGGCUCUCUCCCCAAUCCGGCGCUUCAUUAACAAGUGUUUUCAGGAAAGGUUCCUCAACUUCUGCCAUUUUUCUUCCUUUUCUCCAACAAGAGGAAGAAGAAGAUGAUGACGAGGAUGAAGAUGGAGUGGCUGUGGUGGAAGAAGAAGAGGAAGAAGAAAACAAAGAAGAAUUGUCGAGUUUAAAAUUGAAUGACCCAAUAAUGAAUUUCUUCAAGACUAGGGUAGAGGAUCCGAACACCGGUUCUGACCCGGAUCGUCUAGGCAAAUUCUCCCUCGGCAAGAAGCGCAAAACAUCAUGGCACCUAUCCCAAUCAACUGGUUCAAGUCUAAAAAGUGAUGAAGUAGAAGAAGAAAAUGACGAUGCUCCCAAAAAUGUGGAACUCCUAACAAUUACAAGAGUUGAGGGCGUUGUCGGUGAAAUACUGGAAAGAGCCAAGACAUUACCAGAAAAUGUGACAUUAGGAGAGGUACUAGGGGAGUUUGAGGGGAGAAUCCGGGAGAGAGAAUGUGUGGAGGUGUUGGGGUUGCUGGAGAAGGAGGGACUGAUCAAGUGCUGCCUGUACUUUUUUGAGUGGAUGAGGACGAAUGAGCCUUCACUCCUCUCGCCUCGAGCAUGUACCGUUCUCUUUCCAAUACUUGGAAGGGCCGGGAUGGGAAGAGAAUUAAUGCUUAAAUUCAGAAGCUUGCCUAGUCACAAGCACUUCAGGAAUGUUCGUGUUUAUAAUUCUGCAAUGUCUGGGCUUUUGACCUCUCAGAGGUAUGACGAUGCAUGGGCAAUCUACGAGAUAAUGCAGACACAUAAGAUUAAACCAGAUCAUGUGACCUGUUCCAUGCUGCUCACAGGAAUGAGGAAAGAGAGAAAUACUGCCAAGGAAGCGUGGGAAUUCUUUGAGAAAAUGAACAAGGGAGGGGCCAUGUGGAGUCUUGAAGUUGUAGGUGCCUUAGUUAAAUCUUUUUGUGAUGAGGGGCUCAAGAGGGAAGCCCUGAUUAUACAAUCUGAAAUGGAGAAAAGGGGGAUCUCAUCAAAUGCUAUCAUAUAUAACACUAUAAUGGAUGCCUAUGGUAAAUCAAACCAAAUUGAAGAAGCUGAGGGUAUAUUGGCUGAGAUGAAAGUGAAAGGAGUAACACCCACAUUGUCCACAUAUAACAUUUUGAUGAAUGCAUAUAGCAGAAGGGCGCAGCCUGAGGCUGUUGAAGAGCUGAUUGAAGAGAUGGAAAAUACCGGCUUGGAGCCUAAUGUAAAAUCCUAUACAUGUCUCAUUAGUGCCUAUGGCAGGCAAAAGAAAAUGAGUCACCGGGCUGCAGAUGCAUUCUUGAGAAUGAAAAGGGUUGGUAUAAAACCGAGUUCUCAUUCAUACACUGCUCUUAUACAUGCUCAUUCAGCCAGUGGGUGGCACGAAAAGGCUUAUGUUGCAUUUCAGAAUAUGCGGAGGGAUGGAGUAAAACCAUCGAUACACACUUAUACUGCCUUGCUUGAUGCGUCUCGACGUGCUGGUGACACACAAAGUCUAAAGGAAAUCUGGAAAACGAUGAUCAAAGAUAAAAUUUCAGGGACGAGGGUAACUUUCAAUACACUUCUUGAUGGAUUUGCUAAACAUGGUCAUUAUGUUGAAGCAAGAGACGUUAUAUGUGAAUUUGCAAAGAUUGGUUUGCAGCCCACAGUUAUGACAUAUAAUAUGCUGAUGAAUGCAUAUGCACGGGGAGGGCAAGACUCAAAGCUGCCCCAGCUUCUGCAAGAAAUGGAAGCACACAAUCUAAAACCCGAUUCGGUUACUUAUUCCACAAUGAUCUAUGCAUUUGUUCGCGUUCGAGAUUUCAAAAGCGCAUUUUAUUAUCACAAGCAGAUGGUGCAGAGUGGGGAAGUGCCUGAUGCUGAAUCAUAUCAGAAGCUCAGGACAAUAUUGGAUGCAAAGGCUGCAAUCAAGAAUAAAAAGGAUAGGCGUGCUUUGAAGGGCAUUAUUAAAAGCAGCAUGGGCGUACUACAGAAGCAAAAAAGGAAAAAAGACAAGUUCUGGAAAAACAGAAAAAAUCGAGAAAGAAACUGAAACCGUAGAACAGGUUGAUAUCAACAGAAUGUCUUCUGUUUGGUUUGCUUCUUUAAUCUUUGUUGGAGUAUUAGGAGAGGAUGGGAGGAUCCUUAUCACGUGGAAUGGCUAACAAGAUCCGAGUAGCUGUUAGAGGUAAUUGCUCGAUUUUCCCCUAUUAGCAAGCGUGUCAUUUCUUUGACAUAUUGUUUCAUGUGAGUUCUUUCUAUGACCAACUUUCACACCAUAUGCAUACCUAGUUUACAACAAAAACAACUUAGUAUUACCUAGUUAAUCUAACAAAUAAUUUCUAAAUAUAUUACCAUGUUUUUUUUUGUUAUUUUUGACAAUUUCACAUUGCCAAAAUUUAAAUGUUGUACAUUGGUCAAACAUGAUACGUUUUUUGGGACAGAGGUAGCAUUCCAAUUUAGAAGUAUGUACACUAACCUCAUCAACCCAUUGUGAGUUCUCAUAGCUUGUUUCAUUAAAUGCAUUAAUUUUUAUGAUAACUCAUCUCUCACAUGGUUGUAUAAAAUGUUGUUACCUCACUGAAGGACAUAGUAUGGCCAAGUAUCAUAUAUUCAUAUACCAUAUGGUUCCCAAUUCUUCAUAGUUCAUGCAUGUCCUUGAUUUUGAACCUUUGUUUUUAUCAAUUCCACUUUAAACAUUUGAUUCAAAUGGAAUCGGAUUAUUUGAUGAUCAUGUUCGAGGAUUGAGGGGAGCGUAAAGAUUGCGGUACGUCAUUACUCUCAGCGACCCAAUAUAAACUUCAUGGGUGUUGCAUUCAGUUAUGUUCGAUACAGAAUGAUGUGGUGGGUCAUGUUACACUCAUAAUACACUAUGGACGAGGUGGACACCAUUUCUGCGUGGAUUGUAUGCGACGGUGUCAACCUUGUUGUCAAUUCUUGAGUUAAAAAUACGGAGUAUCAUUUUCCAUGACCCGAUAUGCCACGAUUGAGAUAUGUUAAAGUCACAAACUAAAGUAACAAAAUGCACAAACUUGUCAUUUAUAAAUUUAAAUGUCUUCUUUUGUUUAAUUAUUUGCGAUCAUUUUAUUCUUUUAUUGAAUUCAGAAAUGGCAAGUUUGCAUAUUAUGUGACUUUUUUUGCCUGUGAGUUGUGACUUUAGCUUUUUUUUAAUAUAUACUUUAGCAUUUCUCUUUAUCGGUCCAAAAGGUGGAAUCGCUCACCCAAGAUGCCCCCACCCCCUGGCCCGAUAGGGAUGAUGGAUAAGGUAAAUCAUGGUGACUCAGCCGGCCAAGAACGCUAGACCCAUGCCCACCCGCACAAGGAGCCUCUUCACCCUUUAUGAGAUUUUUGGAUAGCUUCCACACUGCCGCUUGCGGGACUAGAUCCUUGGUUAUCGAUUCAAAAUUUCACGUUCUCGACCAACUGAGCUGCCCGGGAUGAUUGCUGAUUGGGCUAUUCAGAGAAGGCUUGGAUUAUAUUGGGCUUGCCAUAUAGAGUAAAUUUUUUAGUGUUUG